AUGAAUACCCAGUUGCCCACGCCGGAGCCAGAACAUUGUCCCGGGCCAGAGAGCGAGAACGCAGGAAAGUCGGACGCCUGUGCCGGCUGCGCAAACAAAGAGAUUUGUGAGUCUCUCCCCAAGGGGCCUGACCCUGAUUUGCCCUUGAUAAACAAACGGCUUGCCAAUAUUCGCCAUAAAUUGCUGGUUCUUUCGGGAAAGGGCGGCGUGGGAAAGUCCACGUUCACGUCGAUGCUCUCGUGGGCGCUUGCCGCGGACCCAAACCUUGAAAUAGGAGCCAUGGACCUGGACAUUUGCGGUCCGUCGCUGCCCAAGAUGCUCGGUUGCGAGAACGAGACCGUUCAUUCUUCGAAUUCCGGCUGGUCGCCCGUUUACGUGGGUGACAACCUUGGCAUGAUGUCCAUCCAGUUCAUGUUGCCGAACGAGGAUUCCGCGAUUAUCUGGAGAGGAUCGAAAAAGAACGGUUUGAUCAAACAGUUCCUCAAAGACGUUGAUUGGGGCGACCUGGACUACCUGGUCAUCGACACCCCGCCAGGAACCUCCGACGAGCAUCUGUCGGUGACCACGUACAUGAAGGAGUUGGGAAUUGACGGAGCCUUGAUCGUCACUACUCCGCAAGAGGUUGCAUUGCUGGACGUCAGAAAAGAGAUCGAUUUCUGCAGAAAGGCAGGCGUCAAGAUCCUCGGUCUGGUGGAAAACAUGUCGGGCUUUGUGUGUCCGAGCUGCGGCGGCGAGUCCAAGAUCUUCAAGCCAACAACAGGCGGAGGAGAAAAACUCGCCAAGGAAAUGGGUAUCAACUAUCUGGGAAGCGUGCCUCUGGACCCGCGCAUCGGCAAGAGCUGCGACUCGGGCGAAAGCUUCCUCGACCUCUAUCCGGACUCGCCAGCCACCGAAGCUAUUCUCGAUGUCGUCGACGCGCUAAGGGACGAAAUUGAAUAA